CUCCAUCUCAAACACAGUGGCCGGCCUAUAUAAAACCACCACUCCUGGAGUUUAGUGUCAUUCACUGGAGCACCACCUCCAAGACGUCGGCCAUGAAAGUUGUAGCUCUUGCACUGACCCUUCUCUUGGCCUUGGGCUCCCAUGCCCGUAGCCUGCAGGCCGAUGCUCCCUCUCAGCUGGAGCACUACAAGGCAGCUGCUAUGGUCUAUCUGGACCAGGUGAAAGAUCACGCCUCCAAAGCCCUGGAGCACCUGGGAGGAAGUGAAUACGACCAGUACAAGCAGAAGCUGACUGAGAGCCUGGACAAGCUCCAGCAGUAUGCUCAGACGGCCUCCCACUUCCUGAGCCCAUACACCACCCAUCUCAUUGAAGGCACCAAGCAGGUGCGUGAGUACAUUGUGUCUGAGCUAGAAGACCUGCGUUCCCAGGUGGAGCCUCAUGGUAUUGAGCUGGAGCAGGUCAUUGAAAUACACAUAAUGGAGUACCAGAAUGAACUGAACAUCCUGCAUCUCAAGCUGCAGCCUGCCCUGGAGGAUCUGAUGGAGAAGGUGGAGACCAACUUUGAGGAGGCCAGGUCAAAGCUGGUGCCCAUUGUGGAGGCCAUUCAUGCCAAGCUGGCCAAGCAGCUGCUUGACCUCAGGAAUCUGGCCACUCCCUAUGUCGAGCAGUACAAGGAGCAUGUGUUGAAGGCCGUGGAAGAUGUGAAGGAAAAGCUGGACCCCCACACUGCCAAGUUGCAGGGACAUCUGGAGCCUUACCUGGAGACCGUGAAGGCCAAGCUUACAUCCAUCUAUGACUCCAUGGCCCAAGCUAUGAGUGCCUAAGCCACUUUGUCCCAGACUAGUGUUCUUAGUCACAUACAUACAAAGUCAACACUUUAACAUGUUCACAUGCUUUGGAUUAACAUGUGUGUCGGUUACAAAAUUCACCUAUGAUGACCUAUCCACCUAUGAUGUGAUGAUGCAAAAUAAAUAAAAAAGAAAAUACUAAUA